AUGUCGCCAGGUCCCGUGGUUGAAGCAGCCCACAUUGAAACUGAACUCCUUCCUAAUUCUUCCGCUGAGGAACCCCAGAAGAAGCCUUUGAGCGAGGAGGAGGAGGUUGUGGUUGAGGACGUCAAGGAAAUUGAGAUAGAAGAUGACGAGGAGGAGGAGGAGGAGGAGGAGGAGGAGGAGGAUGACGAUGAUAAGGAAGAUAGUGCCCAAGGUGCUAAUGCCAGUUCAAAGCAAAGCAGAAGCGAGAAGAAGAGCCGGAAGGCAAUGUUAAAGCUGGGGAUGAAGCCUGUUACUGAUGUAAGCAGGGUCACCAUCAAAAGAACCAAGAAUAUAUUGUUUUUCAUCUCCAAACCUGAUGUCUUCAAGAGUCCGAAUUCUGAGACGUAUGUCAUCUUCGGCGAGGCCAAGAUAGAGGAUUUGAGUUCUCAGCUACAGACCCAAGCUGCUCAGCAGUUCAGGAUGCCGGACUUAGCCUCUGUGAUGGCAAAAUCAGACACCUCUGCAGCAGCUGCUGGAACAGCAGCGGAUGAGGAAGAGGAAGAAAUCGACGAGACUGGAGUAGAGCAAAGGGACAUUGACUUGGUCAUGACACAGGCUGGGGUGUCGAGGAGCAAGGCUGUCAAGGCUCUCAAGGCUCACAAGGGGGACAUUGUUAGUGCUAUUAUGGAACUUACCACUUAA